GCGCUUUGCGGGCGGCUGUAAAGCAGCGCCGAGUGUCGCGCCGCGCUGGGCAGGGAGCGGCGGGGGCUGCGCCACAACAGAGCGGGGCCCGCCCGGCGCAGCGGCCGCACCGGGACCGGACCGGGGGCAGCGGCCGCGCCGGCACAGCCAGGACGCUGCGGCCUCUCGAGCCGCGCCGGGCGGCGCCGCGGAGUCACUGCGGCGCCCACCGGGGCCGCUUCUACCCCUCGGCCCUGCGCAGGGCGCCGGCGGUACCCGCCCCUUCCCCCGCGGCCUCGCUGUCUCAGGUACGGGGGGCGGCGGGGACCCCGCGGGUGGGGCCGGGGCCGCGCGGGCGCUCCCCGCUUCCCCCGCCCUGCGCCCUGACGGCAGCGCCGGCCGGCGGGGCUGUGCGGCGGGGGGGAACUUCGCGCAGAAGGCCUUUCUUAAAUCUUUCCAUGUCUAAAUGGACUCCUGAAUGUAAUAUAGUUUAUACUCUAGAAGCGGAUAUGAAGAGUGAAGUUCCUUCUGAUGCACCAAAGAGACAGGAGAGUCUGAAGGGGAUCCUCUUGAACCCUGAGCCUAUUGGGGAGGCCAAAAGCUUCACUGCAGAAGUUGAGAUGAUUGCCAGUAAAGUAGGGAAUGAGUUCUCUCACUUGUGUGGUGAUUCUCAAAAGCAAAAGGACAUGAAUGGCAACCAUACAGACCAAGAAAAAGGUAUUGUGGUGCGGAAAAAACGAAAGAGCCAGCAGGCUGGUCCUUCAUACACUCAAAACUGUCCUGAUAAAGAAAAUAAAGGAAUCUUAGGAUUGAGACAGCAUCUAGAAACACAGAGUGAAGACAAUGAUUCUUCUUUUAGUGACUGUAUCUCAUCGCCUUCAUCUAGCUUGCAUUUUGGAGACUCUGACACAGUAACAUCUGAUGAAGAAAAAGAUGCUCCUGUGAGACACCCUCAGGCAGUGUUGAAUACUCCAAGCAGAACUCACAGUGCAAGGUCACAAAAGUGGCCUCGGACUGAGGCAGACUCUGUACCUGGGUUAUUGAUGAAAAGGCCCUGUUUUCACAACAGUUCUUUAAGAAGACUUCCAUAUAGGAAGAGAGCUGUGAAAACAAGUUCAUCACAGCGGACACAGAACCAAAAAGAACGAAUUUUAAUGCAGAGGAAAAAGCGGGAGGUGUUAGCUCGAAGAAAGUAUGCUUUACUCCCCAGUUCCAGCAGCUCCAGUGAGAAUGAUCUCAGUACUGAAUCUUCUUCCAGUUCAUCUACUGAAGGGGAGGAAGACUUGUUUGUGUCACCUGGUGAAAACCACCAGAAUAGCACAGCUGUUCCUUCAGGAAGCAUUGAUGAAGAUGUUGUGGUGAUUGAAGCAUCCUCCACUCCCCAAGUCACUGCUAACGAAGAAAUAAAUGUUACCUCAACAGACAGUGAAGUAGAGAUAGUCACAGUUGGUGAGAACUACAGGUCUCGUUCUGCGCUCGGACACGCGCGGUCGCACUGGGGGCCGAGCUCCAGCUCGCACGCUGCGCGGCCGCCGGAGCAGCGCUCCCGCAGCAGGGUCUCCACCGUCAUCCAGCCCCUGCGGCAGAACGCGGCCGAAGUCGUGGACCUCACCGUGGAUGAAGAUGAGCCGACAGUUGUGCCAACCACAUCAGCUCGUGUGGAGCCGCAGGCCGUGAGUUCUGCUUCCACUACCAGCUCCAGUACGUCUACCUCAGAGCAGGCCUCUGAUGCAGCUCCCAGCGUCUCCACCAGCCAGCCCCCUGCAGCCCCAGAGAGCACUCCCAGUCUCCCCAGUGGCAGCGCUGCUGGCACUUCAACUGGAGAUGAAAUAAGAAGAGCUGCAUCUAAUUCGACACUGGAAACUGGCCCUCCAGCCAUGCCAAGGCUGCCAUCGUGCUGCCCCCAGCAUUCUCCUUGUGGAGGACCUUCACAGACUCAUCAUGCAUUGGGACACCCACAUACAAGCUGCUUCCAGCAGCAUGGCCACCACUUCCAGCAUCACCACCAUCACCACCACAACCCUCACCCAGCUGUCCCGCUGUCUCCUUCGUUCAGUGACUCCAGCUGCCCUGUGGAAAGGCCUCCUCCUGUGCCUGCCCCGUGUGGAGCAAGCAGCAGUUCUGGCACCAGUUACCACGAGCAGCAGGCAUUGCCGGUAGACUUGAGCAGCAGUGGUAUCAGAAGCCACGGCAGCGGCGCUUUCCACGGAACGUCAGCUUUUGACCCGUGCUGUCCCGGCUCCUCGUCGCGCACGGCGCUCUACGGGCACCAGGCGGGCGCCGGGCCCAGCCAGGCGCUGGCCAUCGACGGGUACGGCUCGGGCAUCGUGGCACAGCCGCAGCCACAGCCGCCGCCCCAGGCCUCGCUCUCGUCCUGCCGCCACUACAUGCACUCUCCCUAUGCUUCCUUGACCAGACCUCUUCACCAUCAAGCUUCUGCAUGUCCUCACUCUCAUGGAAAUCCUCCUCCCCAGCCACAACCUCCACCUCAAGUGGAUUAUGUUAUCCCUCAUCCAGUGCAUCCUUUUCAUCCUUCAAUCUCCUCUCAUGCAUCUUCUCAUCCUGUUCCACCUCCACCACCAACUCAUCCCUUAGCCAAUGCAGCUGCUCCAAUACCACAGCAUCUCCCUGCGACGCACCAGCCGAUAUCCCAUCACAUCCCUGCAACAGCCCCUCCAGCACAGAGGCUACAUCCUCAUGAAGUGAUCCAGAGGAUGGAGGUCCAGAGAAGAAGGAUGAUGCAACACCCAACACGUGCUCAUGAGCGGCCUCCUCCACAUCCUCACAGAAUGCAUCCCAAUUAUGGUCACGGGCAUCACAUCCAUGUGCCUCAGACUAUGUCUUCCCAUCCUCGACAAGCUCCGGAGAGAUCUGCCUGGGAACUAGGAAUUGAAGCUGGUGUGACUGCAGCUACUUACCCUCCAGGGCCCUUGCAUCCUCACUUGGCCCACUACCAUGCACCUCCUCGACUGCAUCACUUGCAAAUAGGGGCUCUUCCUCUAAUGGUACCAGACAUGGCGGGCUACCCUCACAUCCGUUACAUUUCAUCGGGAUUGGAUGGAACAUCAUUCAGAGGCCCUUUCAGGGGCAAUUUUGAGGAGCUGAUUCACUUGGAAGAACGACUUGGCAAUGUUAAUCGUGGAGCAACACAGGGAACUAUAGAAAGAUGCACAUAUCCACAUAAAUACAAAAAGGUAACAACUGAUUGGUUCUCACAGAGGAAACUGCACUGCAAACAAGAUGGGGAGGAAGGAACAGAAGAAGACACAGAGGAAAAGUGCACCAUCUGUUUGUCUAUAUUGGAGGAAGGUGAAGAUGUCAGGCGCCUUCCAUGUAUGCACCUUUUCCACCAAGUAUGUGUAGAUCAGUGGUUGAUUACUAACAAGAAGUGCCCCAUUUGCAGAGUGGACAUUGAGGCUCAGCUGCCUAGUGAAAGUUGACACUGCUUUCCAGAACUCUUGUCCUCCCUCUCACUCCCUCUCAUCCUUCCUGGUACUGCAGUCAACCAAAGAUGGCAUGACUUACCUGCGCAGAUUUGGAAGCAUUGAACCCAGAGUGCUGGCUCUGCUAUAUGGUACAACUAAUGCUAGACCUACAGUUUAUGUAGAAGACAGUUGAGUUUCAGUGUAUUUAUAAAUUUGUUAUGUUUUACAUUUUUUUCUUUAAAUUCAUUACUGUAUUUUUGCAUGGUUCCUUGUAUUGCAUUUGUUUGCACAUAUUAUGGGCUUUGUGACCCCAAACUUGCAGGCGAGAUUAGCUGCUUUAGUAAGUAGAAUUGUGUGGUCUCUUUUUUGGUUUGUUUUAUGUAGUACCAAGUUUUGAAAGUAUGAUUUCACUCAUUACUAACCUUGAAUUCCUUAAUUUAAUCGAUCAUAUAUAUUUUAGUUUAAAUGUAUAAAGAUCAUCUAGAAAAGGAUAAUAUUAUGUAUUGAGACAUUCCUUAAUUAGGAAAAAAUGGCUGCUGUAUAUUUACAAGAUCAGUUAUGAGUCAAAUAACAUCCUUAAUACUGGGAACAGAAUAUGAAUCAUAUUCAGUUUGACUGAUACAUAUAGCAUACUCAUCACCAGAGUUCUUGUCUGAUCAGAUUUUUGUGUUUGUUUUAAAAGUUUCAGCACAAUGCAGAUAUAUUUGAAUGUCAAUAUUAAACAUUUAGACUGCUGUUCAGAUUGUAUUUAUCAUUUUCUUCUAUGUCUAGAAAUUUGAAUCCCUAACUUAAAUAUAUGCUGCUGUGAAACAGCUCUUAGUGAACACUAAAUGUUGAUUUCAGGUAGCUGGAUUGUAGAUACUUGCAGACUGAAAGAAUUAUUAGGGACAUGGAAAAAGAGCUUAGAAUCUGUUUGGUCUUCUGCUAACUUAAGUUGAAGUAUCUGCGCACAUUGAGGGUUGGUUUUUUUGGGAUUUUUUUUUUGCUAUGUUUUUUUGUUUAUCUGUUUGGGUUUUGUUGGUUUGUGUUUUUUUUUAAAUAUAAAACCAUUCAAUAAGGACUUAAAGCUGCAGGGUUUUUGUUUGGGUUUAUAUACGUGAAUUCAUAGAAUUUCUAAGGAUUCCAGGCUUGUCUUGGGAUUUUUAUUAGAUUUAAAGUUAAUAAAGUUAGCUAAAUCCACUUGUCUCUUGUUUUUAUUUUUCAUUAGUAAGUUGAAAGCCUGUAAAUUCCUGUAGAAACUGAGACACAAAUUAUGUGGUUCCCUAGUUUUUGCCUUGAUCAUAGAUUCCCUCUUUAUAAAUUACCAACAGUCCAUCACUGAUUGAAAUAUUUUCUAUAGUUAAGAUUUGCUGCAUAAUAUAGUAUAUAGAAUUAAGUUAUAAUGUACUAACAUUUUGCCUUUGAAGGAGGUUUUAGUCCAUAUCAGGAUUCCAGUUGCUCAUCAACAUUCUUUCACGUCUAAUAGAUUAUAGUUUAUUUAAAUGUGCUCAACAUUGCAAAAUGCAAAUGUGCAAAAACAUUGAGACAGUAUUACUGUCACUUUGGAAAAGAUGUUCCUAGGGGAUCAUAUAUGAACAUGCCAAUUAGCUUGCAUUAAGCCACCUGCUUUGUAAGUGGAUUGAAUAAUAAAUACCUUCAGUUUCUUGUCUUUGUCUUUCAUGAUCAGAUUACGUGUAAAAGGGUUUACAGUAAACCUUGAAGAUAAACUCUUAUGUUUACACUAAAAAAAUCCAUUUAUGAAUAUUACCUUAUGGAAUUUGAUGCCUGUUUCUGUAUGGUUGAAGCUGCUUCCCUUUUAUUUUAUUUUUUUUUACCUGUUAGUAGUAGCAUUUGCGAGUACAGUGUCUAUUGCUGGCAACAAACUUCACACCUCUGGCACUGAGGCUUUAAACAGAGAGAAAUUUUAUUCCAGCAUGUGUGAUAAAUGGACCUUUUCGAGCUUAAUUGCAUUGCUGAAACUGAACUUAAAACCACUUUGCGCUUGUGUGAUGGGGGAUACGGGAGUGAGGCGACAGAUUGGACUGCUUCAAAACCUGACUGGGGUUUAUGCUAAAGCUUCUUGAACAUUCUGGCUGUAGGAAACUGAAAGCGACUGCAAAGUUGAAGCUGCAUUAAUCUGUUCACUGCUAAGAAUGGACAAAAGUAACUGGAAGGACUGAACCGACACUUUGUUUUUUCCAGUGAGUGUUGAAAAGAAGUUAAUUGACCACUAAUGCUUGAAGACUGAUGAUAUUAAUUUCUAAAAGUUUCCAAGAAGGUACUUGAGAGAUAUGGGAAAAAACCCCAGGGCCUCUGAAGUAACUGAGACCCUGGGUAUGUGAUAGAAUCUAUUUUGGCUUCCUUACAGGACAGAGAAGCACAGGUUUGGGGGGAUUUUUUUUUUUUAAGGAAAUAUUUUAUGGGUCUAAUUUGAGUGCCUGUUACUAGAGGUAUUUUAGUGAUCCAUGAAUUGAUUUGUUAUAUAAUAGCUACUGAUACUGUCUUGCUUUUAAAUGUAUGCAUAACGUUGUAAUGUGAUGCUGAACACUUAGGUAUUUGUCAGGAAUCACAGUGUUCUGAUCUUAAUGCUAUUGCAGGGGCUAAAAAGCUGCAGCUUACUUCUGUUCCAGAAGGUUGUGACUUAACCAUAGUUUAAGGGAAGGAAAAGGAAUAGGCUUUUCAUUUUGAAAAUUUCCACCACUUACUGUGCUUUAUAUGCUUAGAUGCAUUGCCUUAAGUUUUCUGCAGCAUCUUUAAAGAUAAGAUUCUCAACAGUAUGCAUCAAAUUACUUUUCAUAUAAAGUUCCAUUGUCAAAAGAAAUCCUUUUGUAUGCAAUAAAUAAAAUGUUAGACUGGUAUCAU